AUGAAUAUCCAUAAAUUCGCUAGCUCACCCACCGGUGGUACAGUUCCAGGAAGGUGCCGUCAGCGGGCUACCAAAGCUUGCUUUUCGUGCGCUGAAUCUAAACUACGUUGUGAAGGAGAUAAACCGUGUAGGCGAUGUAAUGAACGAGGUUUGCCGUGCCGUUUCCCUCAGAACUCCCGCCUAGAACAGAGCACGCGCCGGAAAUCAUCAUGCUCAAUCGACAAAUCAAAGCCUACCAGACCACCGUCCGAAAUAGUCGUGUUUUCAGGCUCAACCAAUCCCGAACUCCAGUCAACGUCUGUUCCGUCUGUAAAUAGUAUGGAAAGCGAUAAUCACUCAACUUCUAGUCUAGUCGAUACCGUAAACCCUACCGAAUUGCAAGCAGCUUCUGAAAAAAUCAACACAGAUUCCACAAUCGGAGAAGAAAACAGCACACUCUCUCCAAAUAUUAUUGAGCUUCAACAACCUUCUUGUACCGCCUUUUCCGCCGAAAUCGAUUGUUUGAGCUUGCCGGACGCUCCUGGAAACGAGCUUGGAUGGUCGUGGGAUACGAUCAAUCUAGAUAUUCUCGAUUUUGGCGCCUUGGAAACCCAGGCUUUAUCCGCAACGAUAUCAGAGACUGACAACGUGUCAGAAGCUGACCGAAAUAUCUCUAUGGGCGAGAGCGCAUACAAGCAAUCAUUCUUGCUCUGGACGCCUAAGGAAGGCGAAGAUUGGUUCACCAAAAUCGCAGAUCUCUUUCCCGCUCUAGACGAAAUGAUGUCUGCUUGCCUGUCUACUGAUUCUCAACAGCAUACUCUUGUACACCUCCAACCAUCUACGCGAUAUCGCAUCCUCAGCUUGAUUUUGCCUCUUGCAGACUCUGCAAACCACCACCGCCUUCUCUCAUCAUUUCCAUCUCUUAAAGUCCUGGAAUAUCUGCUCUCCAUGGAACUUACGGAACAUAGCCAGGAAACAGAUUCAUGGCUUCACGUUUCUAGCUUUGAUCCGAACACUGCCUCCACGGAAUUAGUCAUUGGUCUUAUCGUUGCCGGUGCUUUCCGAUCCGACAACUUUGUAUAUCUGAAAUUUGCUCUUGCUUUACACGAGCUUCAUCGAGAGCUGACCAUUCGUUUGUUCCGCAGCGAUCUCCGCAAUGUUAGAUUGCCUGAUCCUUCCCAAUCCUUUGUGUUUUUGAUUCAAGCCGGGCUUUGGAGUGGAGAUAGUCGGCGAAUAGAGAUCAGUGAGAGUCUGUUCGGUAUGCCAAUUACUAUGAUAAGGAGGGGGGAUUUCUUACGACUUCCGUAUCCCGAGGGAAUUUCUCCGCACUCAUCCGACAACGACCUUGAUUUGGAAGAAAAAUGGCGUUCAUGGGUCGACUAUGAAUCUAGAAAAAGGCUUGUUUUGCAUUUGCUCAUACUCAGCACCCAGUACUCGAUGGCAUUCUCGACACCGCCCCCGUUGACACAUGCAGAUAUGCACACUGGCCUACCAGCGGCGCAAGCGCUUUGGAAUGCGCCAUCAGCUGAGGCGUGGCGGGCAAUCUGGCUCAACCUCGGUCCUCCACCGCAGUUAAAAUUGAGCACUUGUAUAGAAGACCUCAACAGUCUGUCUUCCCUUGGAAACUCUGUGGACACUAAAUACACUGCUCUAGUAGUCCUGUGUGGCUUAUGGUCGAAUACAUGGCAGUAUAAGGAACGCUUGAAGGCCCGUGGCAUAACGCCAGGUACCGCGCAAAACAAGCAUACAUUCAGCACUCAAGCAUUAUAUCAAGAAGCGCGAGAAUCGUUAGAAUCAUUUGCGACGAUGCACACACAGUGGCUUGGUCCGAUGGAUCCUUCACUUGUUGUUCUCCACGAGCGGCAGCUCAUGUAUCUUCAUGUUUUUCUCGAAGAUCUGCAAUUGCUCGGCGGUAAGGAUGGGGAACGCGAAGCACGCCGCGUCCUUCCACGACUGGAAGAGUGGGCUGAAAGUCGAUCUUGUCGACAAGCAAUGUGGCAUGCUGGUCAGAUCUUACGAGAAGCACGUCGGAACGGUGAUCCCACCUUAAAAGUGUCCACGGUUCUUGCAAUCUAUCACGCCAGCCUGAUUUUGUGGUCAUACUCAAUAAUUUCUAAAGAACAACUCUCAAACAACCCUACAGAUUAUAAUCUACAGCUGAAGCAUAGAUGCCCCGAGGCAUUUUCUAAGGAGGCAGAGAUAUUAUUAGACGGCGAUCAUACCCCGUUGGUGCAACAGUUUCUAGUGUCGGGGUUUGGAAAACCCUGCAUUAUGCAUAGUCGUGAGGGAACAAACGGUGUGGAGCAUUUGACUAUUGAAGUCAUACGCCAGCCUGAGAUCAUGACUAUCUUUCAGGAUCUGUUACGUGAGAAAUAUAUGACUGACUAUCAAGAUUGCCCCAACUUGGUCGGUAACCUGAUGCGUCUUAUUGGAAAGCUUGGUCAGGCUGCAGAGUUGGUGCAAAGCCGGCAAUCUUAA